GGAGUACGCUAUGGGGGCAGUGGGAUUUGAUUCUGUUCCCAAUGAAGCGAACAACGCUUUAUCUGGCUAGCGACUUGUGGUUCCAUUCAAGCCGUUGGUACCGGUGCGUUUAGGCGGGUGUUUUCCGUGAAAGCAGUUGUAGGUGCAUAGUAGGUGCUGAGUACCCGGAGUACAUCACCAAUCAGGAAUUUAAUUGCCGGCGAUAAGGUGAAGGUCGUUCUUGGUGUGAUUCCGUGAUGGUCCAAGUGACCAUUAACUACUCGAAGACACUCACCUGAGCUGAUCCACCUGAGAUAUUCAGGUAAAUGCUAACAUCGGAAGUGCAGUGGGUUUGGCGGCAUUCUAAGUUCUAUUCUCCAACGUAUCCAGAAAAAAUGCUUUUUUAUCAGUUUGUUAUCAGCGCGGAGUGAAUGUGCUCGUUAAGCUCACGCUAAAAAUUUUAAUGGUUUAAUUGAAAAUGACCUCAAUAUUUACUCGUGAGUGUAGAACGUAAGAUCAGGUGUGCUGCGGUCUGUGAUUUUGUACAGAAAUUGUGCUCAAGCAAUUGUUGCUGUGUUGAUUUCGUGACACCAGAAAUUGAAAGUUCAAUUUGCAAAUUGACUAACUGCGAGACGGAUAGCGAUACAAGUUGCCAUUUGUUGGCCAUUAGCAGCCAAGAUUGCGGUGUUCUUAUCGAAUAUCAAAACUCCACCGAAUUUUCCUUUCAAACGCACUUUGAGAGUUCGGGGUUGCUUCUAGGGCUGGUUUUCGAUGCGUCGCGUUGCGUACGGUUAGCAAUGAACCACGCUUUUUGAACUACCAAACUCUUAACCAAAAUCUCUGAAAUCACUUGCUGUUCCGCGGAACGGGCACAGAUCAAAAUCGCUUUAGCCCUCUUCUCGCUUCAGCUUUAGCCUCCAUACCUUCUGUGCCAGCUUCUUGGAUGCGUACUGUGAUUUUCUCAAGAUCGGGCUGCGAAAACGACACUUUUGGUUUGCAUUGUGAUAUCACCGGAAUAAUUGUAACACCAGAAUGUCCACCGAUCACCGGAAUAUCAAUGGUUGCCAAAUCAACUUUACAUGAUUCAGAAAUGAAUUUUUGAGCACGGACAAUAUCCAAAGUUGAAACACCGAAGAGACGACGGGGAUAGUAUUUUCCUUUGGAUUUUAGAACUUCUGCGACAUCAAUAGUCGCACAAUGUCGGGAACCCUCCCCUUCGAGCGAAGUAUAUCAUUAAAUGAUAAAAGCCCGAUAAACGGCAGACGAAAAUUGAGUUUCCCGGCCUUGCACCCACCCUCGCUUCUGGGCGACAGCACAGCGUUAUCGGCACGACGGCGAUUGAGCAAUGUCAGCGAUAAGGUCACUCGCAAGUUUUCCCAUACGAUUGGGUGGAAAAUCGCACAAAUACCAUCACAGGAUAUAAUCAAUCAAGGAAAAUGCCUUUGCGGACAAUACAUAAAACGACGGCUGAAGCGUUCGGGGCUAUUCAACAGGAAAUUAGGAUUGCAAAGGAUACGGAGCAUAAUAGGAACAGGAGCUGACUCUGCCUCGGUAGUUAGAGAAGUUUUCCCGACGUUAAUGGUCCUUGGCGACGAGCUCGAACGUAUGCAUCCUCGCACCUACAGUGGCGUUUUUCGACAAAUAUCACGUGCCCCAGGUGGUGAAAUUCCAUCUGCCGAAGCGAUAUCCAUAAUCCUUGGUUCGGUGGGAAGAGAACUAUUUCGACUGGAAAUCACGUGGGGGAAAAUCAUCUCCCUAUUUGCGAUAGCAGGCGGCCUAGCUGUGGAUUGUGUUCGACAAGGACACCCCGAUUAUCUACCAGGACUGGUGGAAGGUGUUACAGAGGUGAUCGAAGAUGAGCUAACGACGUGGGUCAACGAAAAAGGAGGAUGGAUGGGGCUGAAUUCGCAUGUUCUUCCAGCCAGCAACAAGCUGACUAAGUUAGAGUGGACUUCGCUAGUUAUAGGAUUCAUUUUCGCCUUAUUUAUUAUUUUUGUGUUAUUACGGAUUAUAAUCACAUAUCUCAUUCCAUUAUUUUUCAACAAAUCUUAAAUUUCAGUUUUUGUGCUGAGAAAAUUAGGAUUCUAAUAAUACGAAAGUAUUAGAAGUAACAUCGAAACAAAGUAUUUAUAAACGAACUUUAUUUUUCUGUAAAUAAUAAAAGUAGGCGAUUUGAAUGUCAGAUAAAAUUUUUGAUGGUUGAA